AUGCAGUCAAACAACAAAACCUUUCAGCCCUGGAGGGAUUACAUGGGGCUGUUGGACACCGUCAGAGAGAUGGGUCGGAACAAAGCCACAGAGCCCUCUCCGCCAGGUACCAGUGCUGACUUGCGCAUGCACGCAGUCUGUGGACACUGGGCUACGGAAUUUCACCCUCCACCUGCGCUGCCUGGCUUGGUGGCUCUCACUGUCCCGAACCCCACUGAUUUCUUGCGGUUCGCACCAGAUCUGUCCGGACCGACGACCUCCGCAUGGCCAGAGGAGCGCAAAAAGAGCCUCCAUGAAGCUCCGGUUCCGCCUGCGUCUGAGCGCGUGAUGUGCAGCUUCUGCAAACAUAACAAUGAGUCUGAGCAGGUGUACAGGUCCCACCGUCUGAAGAACCAUGCAGGAGAAGUACUGUGUCCCUAUCUGCGGCAGUAUGUGUGUCCCCUGUGCGGGGCCACGGGGGCCAAAGCGCACACCAAACGCUUCUGCCCCAAAGUGGACAGCGCAUACAGCUCGCUGUACACCAAGUCCAGGCGCUAA